AUGUGGAAAGUUCACUUUACUCUGGGAGUAAUUUUCAUCCCGCUCUGGACUAAGCUUAGGUAAGCAAUACUUAGAAGAUUUUGUCUCGACUUAAAUGUGCUAAAUUAAGCGUCAAAAUAGUGCCCCAUAUUUGGCUUAAAAUAUUUCAAAAGACUCUGCAUAGACCCUUUAUAAAUAGUGAUAUUUGCUAUCAAAUCAAUUAUUUCGAUGUAUUAAAAUACAUCGAAAUUAAUUUAAAAAGAUUCAUUAUUGGCUCCAAGGCUUGAGGAAAUAAGAGUAAUAAUAACAAAAAAGAUAUCACGAUGAGAUUCAGCGUUGAACAGUACAUGUCUUUUGAUUUAUUUCCCCUAGCCGUGGAUAUGGGGGGGUUUACAUGAGAAAACUCACACCGUCGCGAGUUUCAUACUGGGUUGACUUUUUGAUUUUGUAUCCCAUUUACAUGAUGACUGGGUCAUUUCAGAUCUUGUUAUUUGAAGGUACACUUCAUGUCAAUAAAACAUACGUGUGAUUUAAAAUCGCAAACAUUAAGCAUGCACUACCCGUUUCAGUCCACCAGAAGACCGAUUUCAUACCAAAACGUGUUGCUGUUUUGCAUUUACAUGAUACCAUUGCGAGAUUUCAGACCAGAGUGAAAUUUUUGCCCUGGUACAAUAACCAGGGUGAACUCACGCUGGGGUGACUCGCGCCGGUAUGACAUUUUGUAUUGGUAUCAUCUAAACAAAUGUAGAGCCAUGAGAGGGAACUGGAGUGAACUCACUCCGGUGCGAAAGUUGCCCCAGUGUCAUGUAAACACCCCCUAAAACACUGAAUUUCAAUAUAUCGAUAUUGAUCUAUUAAUAUGUACACCCUAAUUACAGGGUAAAUGCAAAAGGUUCUAUCAGUUUUUGAAAGUCUUCCUGUUAUAAUCCCGCAAUCUUGAUGCAUUUUAUGGCCUUAUCCUCAUCCCAAAUUCAUAGCUUACAGAGGGUACAGAUUUGCUUUACUGUAAAUGAUCUCUUGGCCCCCCAUGGUGUUUAUUUAAUUUUAGUGGUUCAAGUGGAUGUUAAAUCGAUAGGAGGUGUUUAUAAGAGAGUGGCGUCUAUUCUCCAACUUUAAAAUAAACAAAAAUAAUAUGCUCUGGGUGAAAAUAUCAAGAGAGUUUAUAAAUAACAGAAUAUCUAUCCAGUCCAUCUAGUGAUAUGUCUAGGCCAUCUAGAAAUCCAUACUUCUCUUCCAGAUCUCAAAUUUGAUGUCAGAACAUUGAGAGUAUCCUUAAAGACCCAGUGGUGGGUGGUCAGAAAUGAACAGUAAUGCAGUCAUUUGGUUACAAUUUGUACAUUUUUAUUUCCCUUUUUGGCUAAGAAAAAUUGUACAUUUUCUUGCCAGUAUUUUCUGCCUUAUUAGCCCACACACUACCACAGACCUAAUGUGUUCAUAUAUAGCCUGGUCAAUAUCUGCUUCAUUUACAGAACUUACGACGCAUCAAAAUAAUAAUAAUGAUAAUGAUACUGAUACUAAGACUGAUAAUGAUAAUAAUAAAUUAUAAUAAUGAACACAACAACAUUCCAAGUGCAUGUUGCACAAAGUAACCUUUUAAUGAAACACCUUUUUUCAAAAUCAUCUGAUGCAUAAAAUUUUCACCACAGUUUGCAUGAAUGUUCAAUUUAAGUUUAACCCAGGAUCAAGCCAAAUUUUAAGCAAGGUUUUCUUGUUUAAGGACAUGCCACUCAUGCUUUGGAGUAGGUGGAGAAGGAAAAAAACUUGUGGCAAAGGUGCGAGUUUCUGGCCACUAAGAAUGCAUUUUCAGCAUUCUGGAGCAAAAAUUGGAGUGUUUGAACAGAACUGGGCUAAUUUCCAAAGAAAAGUAGGCGUCAAAAAUGCAAAAUACUGUUUAGCCUUAAUCACUCCAACUGCAGUAAUGAUAACACAAAUUUUUAUGUAGCUGGAAUUUUUUUCCAAGAGUGCACACUAUCAUUGGUUAUUUCAAGGUCACAUGACAUCUACAAAUGAAACUGUUUCCCACCAAAAUCUCUGAGCGAACAACAUUGUAAAAUAUAUGACAUCAGAGGGUAACAGUGCAGUAACAGUGCACUGUUACCUGUGAAUGAUGACCACUCACGAGAUUUAUUUUCAUAAAUUUAUACACAAAAAAGUUUUUCUUUGUGGGCUAUACAACAAAUCGCUUAAUGACUGGUCCCUUAGGAAACAGUUUGGGACUGGUCAUUAAUAAUUUGUUUUAUGUUCCUCUAAGAAACACAUAAGAAGGUAAAAUACAAAAACAGAACAAAAUUUUAAUCCUGGAUUUGGGCUGAUCGGCCAUUCAGGAACCAGACCUAUAGGUUUUUUUUUGCACUGGUUAAUGUAACAGAAAGGUACUCUUUCGAUUCCUUGUUGUCUUAAACCUGUUUGGCAAACCUUCUCUGCCUUCAUUUCUAUAUGUAAGCAUUCUCUUUCUUGUUUGCUCUUAACAUGCUAGGGCCAAACAGGCAACUGGAAAUAGCAGCCUCCAUGAAGACAUCUCUUUUUCGCUGAAACGGUUGCCAGUAACUAGUAAAAUGGUAAGGUGCUCAUCAUUUUUUCUUACAAGUCUGUAAGCUGUAAGCUUCUAGUUAUUCUUGUGUUCUAACUUAAGGUAAUUCCCUUUUUUUGCACUGCGCAACAUAUACUAUGCAUAACAUUGCGAUUUCAAAGAUGGCCGUGAUUUUUAUCAGUUGCCUAAAAAGAGGUAACAGAGGUCCCUUUUGUAGUCCAAGUGCUUUUAAUGGUGAUUUUGAUAACUCUACCCAGCUAAAUAUGUAUUUGUCUUGAAACUCGCCCCAGUCCUUUUGUGCAAAAUGAUCAUUUGAAGCCAAAAUUGCCCCUUUGUCCUCUUUUUAUGAUGAAACAAAAGCGGUGAAUCCUCUUUUUUAAUUUGUGUUUUUUUUUUCAUUAUAUCUACUCAAAAAAUAUAUCCCUUUUAAGGAACUUUGAUGUUUCUUUGUCACAUGUAAAAUUGUGGUGCAUCCUGCCAAAUUAAUAAAACUAUCCAAAACAAACCAGUUUAAUAUCACCCUACCAUUAUUGGUCACAAAUUUUGGGAAAUUAUUAAAUUUUCCUUCAGGAAGACCUUGCCAUAAGCUUUGCCUGCGUUCAUUUUAGUUGGGGUGAUAAUGCAUGGCUGUGGAAGGCUUGAGAAAAAUGCCUUAAAGAUCUAUGACAGAAGUUCCAAAUGAAACUAAAACAAACUUCUUUUUGGAAAGCUGCAGUUCUACCUUUUCAAAGUAUCAGGAGCCUGUUUAAGUAUUAGAAAUGACAUAUUAAUCAUAAAUCUUGUUUCUGGAUUUUCUGGAAUUUUUGUGUUAAUGUUAAAACUGGUUCUCACUAGGCCUAUGGCCAAGAAUGAGAGUACAGUAACUUGUCUGAUGGUGAAUGAAGUACACUCAGUGCAUCCAGGACUAAACGGGGCAGCGUCUUUUCCUUCUUUA